AUGUUCACAUUCUUUAAGAAGAGCAAUGAGAAGAAGGAUGAGAAUGAUGUUGGAGGUGGAGGAACAGGUACACCAGGUGGAUCAGGUGUGUCAGGAGGAUCAGGUGGAAUAGUUCCGCCACCAGCAUUGGUGAUCGGUGGUGCACUGACCGAUCAGGGUACACUUAGACAUUCAGCGACUUCAGAGAUUGCAAUACCAACACGGAUCACAAGAGAGAGACGUGCUACAAUAGGUGGUGAUGUUCCACAUCCCCAAUCACUCCUCUACCCUCUCACGCCAACAUCCAACAACAUCGCCUCGCUCUCACCAUCAAUGUUUGCAUCAUACAAGACACAAGCAGAGCCACAGGUACCAACUGGAUACAUUGAUGAGUAUUAUGAGAGAGAUGUAGAGGGCAACAAGUACUUGGAGAAGAUGUGGAUGAAUGUGGUGAUGCCAGCGACACAGAACCUUGCAAGGUUGGAACUAAAGUAUAUUGUUCGGCGUGGUAUACCGGAUUCGAAGCGAACACGUGUAUGGAAGUUGAUCAGUGGCUACGAGGACUUCAAACGGUCCUUGGACUACGAGUAUGUUUCUGGCGCGAUCACUGGCGAGGGUGCGCCUAAGAAGUUCCGCAACAUCCCAUCAUUUGGCGGCAUCGUCUCUCCAUCCGAUCACUUCCUCAACGACCAAGGCAUCGACCACGUCAAGCGCAUCCUAACCGUCCUCGCACUACGAUGUCCCGAGGUCGAGUACUGUCCCUCCAUUCCAGAUAUAUUACAAAUGUUAUUGUUGUUCCUUUCAGAUGUUGAAGCGUACACAGUGCUGAACCUGCUGAUACAGCAAUCAAAGACCAACAUCAAGUUUAGAUAUCUCAACAUCACCAACAGGGAUUGCAUCUCUUUCUCCCUAACCUUUGAUACACUCUUCGAAAUGACCGUCCCCAAGUUAUACAAACAUAUGAUUGGACUUGGUAUCACAAGUAGCAAGGUGUUCACAGAGGAAUGGUUCUCGAGGAUGUUCGUGUCGCACUUGCCAUUCCAGACGGUGCUGCGCGUGUUUGAUUGUUUCCUGUGCGAGGGCUAUAAGGCCCUGUAUAGAGUCGGUCUCGGCCUGCUCAAACUGCACAAGAACGUGUUGAUGAGCAAGGCCACGACGGCCGAGCAGUUCUGCUCGAUGCUCAAACACCUCAAUCUACAGAUGUUCGAUGUGGACAAGCUCAUGAACCGAGCGUUCCGCAUCCGUCUACAACGCAACACGGUGCAGAACAUCGACGAGAUGCAGACGCCCAAGCUCACUCACAUUGCCGAGCCCCAGAUGCCCAUCUACUACCGACCCAAGAUAACAACGCCCUCAGAUAUACUUCACAAUGAUGAUUAUGAGAUUGUUUGGACAUGGCUGCCGCAUAGAUUCUGCAUCUGCGACCCAAAGGUCGUGUACAACUCCAACCGCGAUGGUAGGAGUCUGAGGAACAUGCUGGAGCGAGUGAAGGGCGAGUAUCCAAUGCUGAUACUGAUCAAGACGACUAACGGCGAUGUGUUUGGAUGCUUCACCGACGACGAGUUGGAGUCCAAGUUUGGCUUUGGAUCGAGCAACACCUUUGUCUUUGUCAUGAAGCCUCAUGCACAUGUAUAUAGAGCAACGAACAAGAACGAGCUGUACCUAAAGGUGUGUCCAUCAGUGGAUCUAUCAUCGUUCAGCAUGUGGAUUGGCGCGUCCGAGCUGGGCGAUCGCGCAUUAUGUAUAGACAGCGAGCUCAAUGGCACCACAGCGCCAUCAGACACCUAUGGCAAUCCUGCACUGACCGACGAUCAAUCGUUCAAAUUCAAGAGCACGGUAUUGGAAGUGAUAUCACUGGUCUAG